AUGCCCAGCGACCGGGUACAGAUGCUGCCAUUUGCCGAGCCCCAGUUCUGGGCCGGCCAGGAUCUUGGCUGGUCCAUCAUGGUGCGUGUUGAUGGUCAGACGUACAGCUUAAUGGGCGUGAAGGACCCGGAGAAAGGCGUCCAGCCAGCAGUUGUGCAGGGCGCGGAGUAUACGGCCACUCAUUCGGUAUUCACUGUCAGUGCUGGAACGGUGAUGGCCACCCUUGAUUUCUUCUCGCCUGUGUCGCCUUCGAAUUAUCUUCGGCAGUCUCUUCCUUUUAGCUAUCUAACAGUGGCUGUUUCUGGAACUUCUGCGAAUAGCGUUCAGGUGUUUUCAAGUAUUGAUGGGAGAUGGACCGGAGAUUCUGAAGGGACUGUCUGCAAAGCCAAUAAGGCGGGAUCUACUGCGAUGUUUUCAUUGAAAGUCAAGGAUGCUAAACUGUACUCCGAGAGUAGUGAUAUGGCUACGUGGGGGGAGGCUAUAUUUGCAUCGCGGCCAACGACUUCCUCAAGGCUUUCCUUUGCGUCAGGAAAUGGAGUCCGAGUGAGGUCACAGUUUGUCAAAUCCGGCCGGCUGGCUGCAGGCGACCAGCAAUGCAAGUCUGGGGACAUCGUGGCAUUCUCUCAUGACCUUGGGGUUGUGACUGGUGACCAGGCAGUCACUUUUGCCGUUGGAUAUGUGCGGGAAAAGGCAAUCAACUACCUCGGAAAGGCAUACACAGGGUAUUAUAGGGCAGAGUAUCCCAAUACAUACCAGGCGGUCACAUACUUUUUGGACGACUAUUCAGAUGCCCUCAGUGAGUCUCUAAUACUCGAUCGACAAUUGUCUACCAAAGCAAAGGCUGUCGCGGGACAGAAGUACGCGGACAUCGUCACACUGUCAACUCGGCAAGCGUACGGGGGAAUCGACCUGGCAAUUCCAAAUGACACUCUCGACAUCAGCGAAGUGUUAGCCUUCAUCAAGGAGCUCUCCAGCGACGGCAAUGUUAACACUGUGGAUGUCAUCAUGCCUGCCUUUCCCAUAUAUUGGGUUAUGGAUCCGGACUAUAUCCGACUACUGUUAGAGCCUAUGAUGAGAUAUCUCGCAGCCGGGCGCUGGCACAAACCGUAUGUAAUCCACGAUAUGGGCAGCCAUUAUCCCAACGCCGACGGGCAUGAUAAUCAACAGGCGGAACCUAUGCCCAUCGAGGAGUGCGGCAACCUCAUGGUUCUUACCCUGGCCUAUGUGCGCGCGACUGGAGAUGAUGCAUGGGCAGCCCAGUAUUUCGACAUUCUCAAAGGAUAUGCAGAUUAUCUGGUCGAAAAUAGCAUCGACAUCGCUGAGCAGCUGUCCUCAAACGAUGCUGCUGGUCCGCUGGCGAAUGAAACCAACCUUGCCAUCAAAGCAGCGGUUGGUCUCAGGGCAUUUGGAGAACUGACAGGAUUGACUGAAUAUUCCAAAAUUGCAGAGUCACGAGCCAACCUAUUCUUCACCGAAGGACUGGGGACAGAUGAUCAAAAGACUCAUUUCGUGCUGCAGUACCCCGACAGGCCAUCCUCGUGGAAGACGCCGUAUAACCUCUACCCAGAUGUGUUGCUGGGCCUUGGAACUUUUCCAAAGAAAGUUCACCGGAUGAGCAGUACAUUCUUCAAGUCAGUAAGAGCUGAAUACGGAGUUCCUCUAGACAACCGGCAAGACUGGGCCAAGUCGGACUGGAACAUGUGGCUGGCAGGCACACUGGACAACAGCACCCGCGGUGAAUUUGUGGAUGACCUGUGGGCAUUCAUGACCAAUGGCAAGCAUAAUUGGCCAUUCUCAGAUAGAUAUAUCGCGACGUCAGCGAACGGUAACACGCCUGGUGUUCCGGUGCUGUGUCGCGCGCGUCCAACAGUGGGUGGACACUUUGCCUUGCUGGCACUGGAGGGACCCCAAUCUCUUCAGGUUAGAGUACCAGAGCUGGAGAAGAGCUCCAGCCUAGCUUACCCAGCUCUCCACGGUCAGAGCUACGCGUUUAGCAGAGCGUCACCCCGUCCUCCACACAACUUUGCUCCCCAAGGCUAUCCUCUACCGAACGGUGCUGCGACUGCUGCUGCUCCUGUGCCUGGCGCCACCCCUCUUCUUCCCAACAAUGGCCGGGUCAUUCAGAACGGUCCCGUCAGAGUGUUGUGCAUCGCAGAUGUCAGAGGAAAUCUGAAGUCUUUGAAUGAGUUGGCCAAGCAGGCCCGUGCUGAUCAUAUCAUUCACACCGGUGACUUUGGUUUCUACGAUGAUACCUCCCUGGAGCGGAUUGCAGACAAGACUCUCAAGCAUGUGGCACAAUACUCUCCAUUGCUGCCCGAAAGUGUGAAGCGCACGAUCGCCCAGACUCCUCCUCAGCAGUCUAUUAAGCAACGAUUCACUCCCGAUCAACUCCCCCUUUCCGAACUUUCGAUGCUGCUCGACAAGCGGCUCACACUCGACGUUCCUGUGUACACCGUUUGGGGUGCUUGUGAGGAUGUCCGGGUGCUGGAGAAAUUCCGCUCGGGGGAGUACAAGGUUAACAAUCUGCACAUCAUUGACGAGGCUAACUCGCGGUUGCUUGAUAUCGGCGGUGUGAAGCUUCGUUUGCUUGGCCUCGGCGGUGCGGUUGUCAUGCACAAGCUGUUUGACAAUGGCGAGGGCAAGACCACGAUUGCUGGUGGCCAAGGCACCAUGUGGACCACUCUGCUUCAGAUGGGUGAGCUGAUCGAUACAGCCAACCGCGUAUACGACCCGUCGGAGACCCGCAUCUUCGUCACUCACGCCUCGCCCGCUCGAGAGGGGAUGCUGAACCAGCUCUCCGUGACUCUCAAGGCCGACUUCUCCAUCUCAGCUGGUCUUCACUUCCGCUAUGGUUCCUCCUACAACGAGUUCUCCGUCAAUCCCUCUCUGGAUCACUACCGCGGUAAACUCGCCGCCUCCAAGGCCUCUUUCAAUGAUGUCUGGGAGACCGUCCGCGGUGAGGUGGAAGCCGCUAUCUCCUCCAACGAAGCUCAGAAAACUCUCUUGGACAAUGCUCUCGACGUUGUUCAGAGAAUGCCUACUGUCGCCAAUGGUGGAAAUCCAUUCGGUGGCCCCACUGCCCCGGGCAACGCCGCUGGCCAGGUCGAUGAGAGCGCCUUCAAGAACAUGUGGAACUUCAACCUCGCAGACGCCGCAUUCGGCUUCCUCAUCCUUGAGAUCGAGGGUGGUCGUAUUGCGACGGAGAUGCGCGCUCAGGGCUUCAACUUCGCUCACCGUACUGGAAAGCCUCAGGUUGCUGCUGGACAGCCAGUGGCUAGUGGUCUUCCAGCUUCUCCAGCAACUACUGCCCGUAUCCCUGGCGCUACUCCUCCCCAGUUCGGUCAGGCUCCUCCUGCUCCCAAUAGGGCUACGGCGCCCGCCCAGCAGACUCAAGCAAAGGGUCCUGCUGCGGGCCCCACUCGCGCAUCCCCCGUCCCCGUCAUUCCUAAGCCUACCACUCCACAGCCCUCUGCUGGCGCUGCAGCUCAACCUGGUGCUGCUUCGCCGGACAAGGCGGUCAACGUCGAGCCCAAUGGCACUGCACAGACAGAGAAGCCCUCGGAAUCUCCUUUGCCCAGAGGUGAAAAGAAGCAGAGCAACGGACUGUUUGUCUCGAACGUCGAUAACGAUCAGGCGGUUCGCGAUCUGUUCCCCGAGGAGGAUAAGGCGAAGAUUCUCAAGGUCGAAAAGUGGGGCAAGUACAAUCAUGUUGUAACCUUCGCGACUGUUGAGGAGGCCAAGGCCGCGCUCGACCGUCAGCCAGUGGAACACAAGAAGCCCAGCGCCCCUGGCCAACCUCGCAAGCCCAAUCUGAAGUUCUUUGAGGAUCGUGGCUCCCACCGUGGUAAUGCCGGCACCUGGCAAGCCAGCAACAGAGGCACGAACGUAUCCCAGCGCGGAUACCAGAGCGGGGGUGCCAGUGACAGCGAGGGAGGCCGAGGACGUGGUGGUUACAGCGGACGCGGACGUGGCCGUGGCACCGACCGCGGUGGACGUGGCGGAAGAGGUGGCCGUGGCGGCUUCAGCAAGGGAGGUGCCUCGGACUCUCCUGCGGCCUCGACAUCGACACCCUCCGGUGAAAAGCCCGCUCCCUCUGGCGGAGAGUCCUGA